GCAUUUGCUAGUCUCGACUUGAAGCCCGAACUGGCCCGGAUCCGCGGCUUUCUUUUGAGGCGGCCAUGGCAUGUUUACCAACAUUUUGCACCGUCGUCCUCUGUAUCUCCUCCUCCAUCGACGAUGUACAACUCCACCGCGAGACGAGCUAAACGUGGUUCGCGGCCUCACCGAGGCUCCCGCGCCGAUGGAAACUUGAGAAUCAAGCCCCUCGGCGGCGGCGGCGGCGGCGGCCGGCGAUCGGAAUUGGAAUCUCCCGAAACGGAGAUUGAUCACCAGUCUCUCCCCUCCACUUCUCUGCAAGGGGCUCGCUCAAGGCCCCGAGGCUCCCGGAACCCGCGGAGCCGCCGGUGGGCGCCGCGCGAUCGGUCGAAUGCUCGGUCCGCCGAGAGCUCCGACGUGGACCAGUCGGAACCGGAGCUGCCGAGCUCGUCGAACCGCGAGGAGAGGCCGGUGAGCGGUGACGACGCGGUUGCGCUGAGCUCUGAUGAGGAAGUGGGCGGAGACGUGGCGGCAAACGGGAGGGAAGCGAGGGAGGUGAGUGGAGCCGUGGACAAUGUUGUGUCGAAGUUGGAGGAGUUGACGUUGGGGAUGGAGGAGCCGGAGUUGGAGGAAGAGCAGCUGAAUUCCAACGAUCAAUUCCAGGAGGACGAGUUGCUUGUGAUGGAAUCAAUAUAUGGAGAUAAUGUCUUUAUCCUUGACCGAAGGCGGGGUUCUCGGUUUUUUAAGAUUUAUAUUGACGUCGAGGUUGCUAAUCAGAUUAGAGUAAUUGCUAGGCUGAAUCCGUCCAGUGAUCUUACCAUCACAAGUGGCAAUUCAGAUGGUUUUUCUUACUCUUUCGAAGUCCAGCACCUUCCUCCAAUUGUGCUGACAUGUCUAUUACCUAAGUCGUACCCCAGUCAUGUUCCUCCUUGCUUUACCAUCUCUGUCCAGUGGUUGGCUCCCAUUAAAAUCUCUAGUUUAUGCUCCAUGCUUGACUCUAUAUGGCAAGAACAACCGGGGCAAGAAGUUGUAUAUCGUUGGGUCGAAUGGCUCCAGAGCUCCUUGCUUUCUUAUCUUGGAUUUGAUGAAAUAGUAGAUCUUGGUCCUUAUGGAGUAAGAGGAACUGGAGAUAAGCGUGCAAUUUCAGGAAGUGUCUCUCCCGAUGUCGAUAUUCCCUCCAUUAGAAGUUAUAAUGAUGGCAAGUGCCACGAGAACUUCUUGAAGAACUUGCAUGAAUGCUGCAUUUGUUUCAGUGAGUAUGCAGGGACGGAGUUCAUCAAAUUGCCAUGUCAGCAUUUCUUCUGCUGGAAAUGUAUGAAGACUUGUGCUGAUUUGCAUGUCAAGGAAGGAACAGUAUACAAGCUUCACUGUCUUGCUUCGGAAUGUGGGGGUAUGGUCCCACCUAGUUUGUUGAAACGGCUACUUGGUGAUGAAGAGUAUGAGCAUUGGGAGUCUUUAAUGUUGCAAAAAUCCCUUGAGUCAAUGUCUGAUGUAGCAUACUGUCCCAGAUGUGAAACACCAUGUAUAGAGGAUGACGAUCAACAUGCCCAAUGCUCAAAAUGCUUCUUCAGCUUUUGCACUCUUUGCAGGGAGAGGCGACAUGUAGGUGUUGAAUGUUUGACACCAGAAGUAAAACUGCGCAUCUUGCAGGAACGCCAAAGUUCAUCCCAACUUAAGGAUGAGCAAAGACGAGUGGAGCGUGAAUUAAUCAAUGAACUUUUAAGUGUCAAGGUAAUCAAUAAGAUUGCCAAACAAUGCCCCUCUUGUAAAAUGGCGAUUUCUCGAACUGAAGGUUGUAACAAGAUGGUAUGCGAAAAUUGUGGGCAGUACUUUUGUUAUUCCUGCAAUAACGCAAUUGAUGGAUAUGAGCAUUUCAGGGAUGGAACAUGUGAACUUUUUCCAGAGCAAGAAAUUCGGCAAUGGGAAGAUCGAAUGAAUGUUCGCCAGUUGGUUGGUCAGGUUCAGGCUGAACCUUUUGCUAAUCACGGCCAGACAUGCCCAAGUUGUCGUCAGUUUAAUGCGAAGAUUGGCAACAACAACCAUAUGUUCUGCUGGGCAUGUCAGACACACUAUUGCUACCUAUGUAAGAAGAUUGUGAGGCGUGCAUCUGAGCACUACGGGCCCAAAGGAUGCAAGCAGCAUACUCCAGGAUAGGCACAAACAUGGACUAUGCGUAAGGCUAUCUUCAAAAAUGAAAAUGCUGCAUGUACUGAAUGAUAAAUAAUUUAACUGCGUUCCUUGAUUUGGAUCGAUGAGAUGGGUUGAUCUGAUCUUGUGCAGUUUUUCAAGUGAAUCCUCUGGAUAAUGCAAAUUGUGGUGUUUGGAGUCAGACAGGACAUCAUCUCUGCCAGAUUUUUCCUGGGCAGCGAGUCCUUGCUUUUGAUUCUUGAACAGACUCGUGGAGUAUAUCCCAAAAAUCAAAAUCAUAAAGAAACAUAUGGAGCGAAGUAUGCAUGUUGCUUCCAGCUUUAUUCUCCACUGUGGAGUGAGUGGACGCAUUUUUUUUGAGUGACGCGGUCAAUGGGUUGCUGAUUGGAACGCAAGAAAUAACGAUUUUCAAUGAUAUGUUUACUUUGGAGAUUUGAUCUCA